AUGACGACCGCGCCUUCACCAGUGAAGUCUCAACCUCUUCACAACUUCUCUCUCCCCUUCUUGAAAUGGGGCGGCACAGGGAAGAACAACACCAACACCACUAACCAUCAACGUUCCCGUCGUCCACCCGAUCACGCUUCCUCCGAGCCUGAUUCCGAACCUGACUCCCGUCCUCACCGACUCGGAUCCCGAACCUCCAGGAACCGAUUCGGACUCCCUUCUUCUUCCUUCUCUCACAAACAUCCUCCGCCGUCUUCCAACCAGGAAACCGACGAUGAUGCCGGAGGAGAUAGUAAGCGAGACGUUGAAGAAGACGCUGAAGCUGUUACUGUAGCCGAGGAGAUAGUGCAGAAGCCGUGGAAUUUGAGACCGAGGAAACCUAUGCUUCCGAGAGGCACUUUUGAGAUCGGUGCCGGAGCUUCAAAAAACAACGGUGGUGGGGAAUUGCAGGAUGCGGUUAACAACAACGGGGAGAAUCCGGUGCCGAAAUCGCUUCGGCUUAGGGGUUUUGCUGAUACAAGCUGCGCUGAGAAGAAGGAAAAGAGGAAAUUCUGGAUCGCUCUUUCGAAGGAUGAGAUCGAAGAGGAUAUUUUCGUGAUGACUGGUUCUAGGCCCAAUCGCAGGCCCAGGAAGAGGCCCAAGAAUGUUCAGAAACAAAUGGAUAAUGUUUUCCCUGGGUUAUGGUUAGUGGGAAUUACUGCUGAUGCUUAUAGGGUAGCUGAUACACCAACAAAGAGAUAG